CUGAGACAGGAGCGGAGGGUGCGCGCCUAGACGCGGCGAGAGCCGGCCCCUGGCAGCUGCCCUGUCUGCGCAGCUCCCGGUGCCACAGCGCCACCCUACCCUGCACCUGCCCGGGCGCUGCGUCACUCAGGCCUGGGACAGAAGGGCGGAGCGGCGGGGCCGGCUGCAUCCCUGGGGCCUGACGCGUAAGCCCCCUGCGAAUUGUCCGACAGCUCUGGGGAGGGGACCUUGAGAAAGGCCGCUGCGUCAGCCGGCCAGUGGCUGCAGGAGCCCCAGGCCCGCGCCCGCAGCUCGGCCACAUUCACCUGAACCUGAACUCCAAGCCCUGCGGCGCUGCUCCCGGGUGGGAUUUGCACUGCGCGAUCAGCGCCAGCGAGCGGCACCAUGGCCUUGAGCCUUUUGCAGGACUGGUGCAGCGGGCUGGACGUGGACGUGCACAGGGCCCUGCUAGUCACCGGCAUCCCCGAGGGCCUGGAGCAGGCGGCCAUCGAAGCCGUGCUGCGGCCGGCCUUCCUGCCCCUGGGCACGUUCAGGCUUCGGAACACGAGGGCCAUGAGGGACGAAAAGGCCAAGGCCGCCCUGGUGGAGUUCUCGGAGGACAUCGAUCACUCCGCCAUCCCCAGGGAGAUCCCUGGCAGGGAAGGCUUCUGGAGGGUUCUGUGUAAGGACCGCGCAGAGGACACGAGAGUCCUGAGGCAGAUGAAGCGCUUGCUGCUGGACGAGAGGGCCCCUGAGGACACGCCCACCCCUCCCACCUCCGAGACGGAGGCCCAGGGGUCGGAGCUGGCCGGCCCCCCUCCUGGUGCAGCCGGCAGGGCCAGGAGGGGCCGUCGGAGUCGCAGAAGCAGAGCCAGAGGCAACAGGCUGGCCCAGAAGGGCAAGAAGAGAGGCCGAGGAGGGCGGCCGUUCGCCUCCGCCAGGCGUGGGUCGGAGGGCUCCUCCUCCGACAGCCUGGGCAUCGUGAUCGAGGAGAUAGACGAGGAGGACCUGAGCGGGGUGGAGGACCAGAGGGCGCUGUACACCACGCUGCAGACCGCCGCCAGGGAGCUCGUGAAGAAGUGGGCCCUCCAGGGCGACGCCGAGGGCGGAGAGGGUGCCCGCGAGUUCCUGGCUCUGGUGACGGUGACGGACAAAGCCAAGAAGGAGGAGAUGGACAAGGAAACCCCAGGGGCUGAGUCCAUCAGCCUGAACAUCGAAGACCUGAGCGGGGUCCCCGACUUAGUGGCCCUGCUGGCCGUGCGAGACACUUCCGACGAGGAGCCCGCAGACAGCGACGCCUCUGCCAGCGACUGGCAGGAAAGGGAGGACCCAGAGCAAGAAGGGGACAGCCCCGAGUUUGUGGCCAUUGUGGCGUACACAGACCCCUCGGACCCCUCCGCCCGGGAGGAGAUGCUGAAAAUCGCUUCCGUGAUCGAGUCGCUGGGCUGGAGCGACAAGAAAGACAAAAAAGAUGCGCUUCCCGAGGUCCUGGCUGUCAUGUCCAAGGACACUUCCGGAACACGCGUGAUGGUGGAGGAGGCGGGACGCCAGGUGGACGCCAUGGUCCUCAGGAAGGCCAAGGACGACGGCAACCUUCUGGAAUGCAUUUCCGCCCUGGCUGAGCCGGAGACCCUCCCCAAGGGGAAGAAGGCUCCCCCGGGCCUUCUGGGCGGCUGGGGCGAGGACGGGGACGACGAGGUGGGCCUCCUGGAGCUGGUGGCGCUCCUGGCCGCCCAGGACAUGGCGGAGGUGAUGAAGGAGGAGAAGGAAGAGGCCUGGGAAGGUGGGAAGUGCAAAUACCACAAGGGCGGCCUGGGGGAGGUCCUGGCGCUCCUGGCGGCGCGGAAGGACCGGGAGUCGGAGGAGCAGUCGGAGGGGGCUUCGGACGGAGGCUCCGAGGAGGCGUCCGAGGACACGGACAGCGAGGAAUCGGGGCCUGAGGGCCGCGCGUCCAGGAAGCCCCGGGCCAAGCGAGCCCGCACGGCUUCCAAGGUCCUGGGUCAGGCGGGCGCCCCCUCCGGGUCCCGCAGAACCCGACGGGGAGGCCGAGGCCGCGGCGGGCGGGCCAUCACUCCCGAGAAGAAAGCUAAGGAUGAGGCGGCGGGCGACAAGAAGAAGAAGGGGCGCGCGGGCGCGGGAGCCCGCGCCAAGGCCGGCGAGGCCAAGGGGCAGCCACCUACCGGCUCCAAGUCCGCGCGGGGGAAGAAGGCUCGUAGGGGAGGGAGGCCGCCCCCCAAGUGCCACUAGUGGCUCCCAGAGACAGCGAGGCUGUGGCGGGCGAUGUGCGCCCCCCGCCCCGCGCUCCCUCCGCCCUCCCUGCAGCAGAGGCCCGUCUGCCGCUUAACCGUGUGCUCCGCGCUCCGCGGUGCGCCAGGCGCGCACUGCGGGCCUCAUCCUUGCCUUCCAGUCCCUCCUUUGCAGGUGGCGCGAGCGAUCCUGAUGGAAGAAGGAGAGAGAAACGAGCACCCCUGGAGGCAGUCGCCCCAAGUGAUGGGACCGUGUCUCAAAGGGCACCGAGCGGGCGUGGCUUUGGGCGGCCCCCACUUAGCGGGGGCAGGGGGUGAGUGUGUCCCUGGACGCGAGCAGCUGGGGAGGCCAGCGGUGCCAGUGAGUUCUUUCUGGCUCUUCGUGGGGCCCCGAAGGUUCCAGACCCACGCUUCUGGCCAGCGUCUGUAGGCCCCCACCAAUCGGAUGGGGCCGGGGGUCUGUGAUGGAGGCUUGGCCACUAGCUCGCCAGUGCGUGUCAGGGUGAAGCUGAGCUCCCGGCGGGUGGGGGGGGGGCGGAAAUGAUUCCAGAAAGACAGCCUGAGGCAGAGGGGGCGGCUCCUCUGGGAGGGGGGCGGAGAGAGAGAAGAGGUGGGGGAGGCAUGGGGACAGGUUAUCAGGAGCUGGAGAGGAGGAGGAGGAGGAGGAGGAAGGAGACAGGGACGACGCACUAGGCCUGCCCACCUCUGGUGCAGCUGCUGCAGAUGAAUUAGCUCCUCAAGGCCAAGGCCACCUGCUGGAGUCCAUAGGCUGAAUCUGUCACUCAGAUUGCACAGUGAUUUCCAAAAAUCCUAAUUAUUUGCCAACAUUUUCAGUCAGAGCAACCCACAUUUAUGUCACUGGCCUCUCUGCAGUGCCCGGCAGCGUCCCUCACCCAGGCAUGCGGCUCUCCCCUCCCUCCCUCCAGCCGCCGCCCCCUCCCUUGGGCUGAUCAGUCCCUCAGUGCCGGCUCGCAGCCCCUAAAAUGAUAGGGUCUCCCAGUUCACCGUCUGAGUGAAUUAAAUGCCAGAGGGGACCCUGAGGGCGCACCUGAGGGGUGGGGGCUGGUCCCAGCAGCGUAGGAGCUGACCAGGGUCCCGAGUUUAGAGCGGAGGAAAUGUGCCCCAGGGGGAGCUGCGGUCAGCCUUCCAGGCGCCCCUCCCCCGCCCACCUACGCCCCCUCGCGGUCAGGGUCAGCACCUGCGCCCCAAGUGCCGCUGCUCUUGUGUGGUGUCGUGUCCCUGUGCUGACCUCCGCUUCAGCCCUCUCUGCCCACCUCAGUGUUUCCCCUCAGUAUCGCUGGACGCCCCUCCAAGUCCUCUGGUCCCGGGCUGUGUCCGUGUCCCAGUUCCCAGCCCUAUGAGGUGCCCAGCCCAUCACAUCAGGGGGGUCCUCCCUACAGGCCUUGAGGAAGGCAUGGGGGGGGCUGGGCAUGUCCCCACAGCACCACCAGACUGUCCCAGGCCCACUCGGACACCCAGGUGCAGACGCAGACUCGGGAGCUGCUUGGAAGGGGGGGCACCGCUGGACCGCAGGGGCCUCCCUGGGGCAGAGACAGGGCUAUUCGGGUCAGGUCAGGGUGGGCGCGGGGCUGGGGAGGAAGCCCCGUCUCCCUGCUGUCUGACCGGCUUCAGGGCCUGGGCCUGGGCUGAGCAGCUCCCUGAGGGGAGGUGUCCAUGCCAGGGAGGCCCCCACGUGUGACUACCUUCUCCCUGCAGCAUUUAGGCCCGUCUCCUUGUGCACCAUCG